CAUAUUGUAGACACCUCCAGAAGGACACUGACUCCGUUCCACUCAGCCUCUCAGCCGGUCUCCCUCUUCCUGGUCUCUACCUCCACCCUGUAUGAUCCUGACAAACCGUCUUCUGCCUCCUCCAUCAGGAUGAAGAACCAAAAGAAAAAGAGAGGGUUUAUUUUUCUCUUAGUCUUCUUGGUUACUCUUCCUCCCUCGUUGGGAAGGCAAACGUCAGACUAUGCUCCCUAUUUCUACGACAAAGGACCGAGCAGCACCAAUGGGAAUAUGGCUCUCUUCAGUAUCUCAGAAGACACACCAGUCGGAACACAGGUAUAUAUCCUAAAUGGCACUGACCCAGAGGGGGAUGCCGUGUGGUUUGGCCUGACCUUUGAGAAGGGCACCAGAGAAUACCUGAGAGUGGACCCCAAAUCAGGAAACAUAACUCUCAUUCAGGAACUAGACAGAGAGAAACAAGGUGAAAUCUCAGCUCUCGUUAGCAUAACAGAUGGCCGGAAUAAGGUUGCCGAGACGAUACGGGUGUUUGUCACCGAUGCCAAUGAUGAAGAACCAGAGUUCCAGAACCUGCCUUUCGCCGUAGACGUCCCAGAGGACACUCCAGCUGGAAGCAGCAUUUACAGAGUGCAAGCCGUGGAUAAAGACAUGGGCUCUGGAGGCAGUGUCACCUACUACUUACAGGGAACUCCUACUACCAAGUUCACCAUCGACGGCCACAGUGGGGUCCUGCGGAUCAAACCAGGCGAGACGCUCGACUUUGAGACGACAACGUUACACUUUGUGACGGUGGUUGCCAAGGAUGGGGGCGGGCAGUACAAAGGGAAGCAUCAGGUGUUGACAUCUACAGCCACCAUAACCAUCAACGUCCUUGACGCCCAAGACACUCCUCCAGCCUUCGUUGGAACUCCUUACUUUGGCUACGUCUACGAGGUCUCAGUUCCUGGUUCUGAAAUAGCCACUGUGUUUGCCAAAGAUGGUGACGAAGGAAACCCUAACCCUAUUCAUUACUCUAUUACCAAUGGUAGUGAGGAUGUCUUCACCAUCAAUAGCACAACUGGUUGUAUCAGCCUAACAACUUAUCCAGUCACGCUGAGGAAUGAAUUAUAUGAAAUCAAAGUCAAGGCCACUGAGCUGGGGCCUAGCGAGGAGCUGUUGGACUACAAUGCCAUGACUAUGGUGACGGUUCGAGUGGUGGAUCUCAACAACCACCCUCCUACCUUCUACGGAGAGAAUGGGCCCCAGAGCCAAUUUGAGGUGACCAUGUAUGAGCACCCUCCAGAGGGGGAGAUCCUCAGGGGGCUGAAGAUAACGGUCAACGACUCUGAUCAGGGGGCGAAUGCUAAAUUUAAACUGAGAUUGGUAGGGCCUGGUCGUGUACUCAGAGUGGUGCCACAGACGGUCCUAAAUGAAGCACAGGUCACCGUCAUCAUUGAAGACUCUGCUGCCAUUGACUAUGAAAAAGGCAAAUCCUUAACAUACAAGUUACUGGCUGUGGAGAUUGACACCCCUGAGAGGUUCAGUGCGACGGCUGAUAUUGUGAUUCACCUUUUGGACACCAAUGACAACACUCCCAGGUUCACCUCAGAGUAUUACAUGGCACGUAUCCCGGAGAACUCCCCCGGAGGCUCCAACGUUGUGUCUGUCACCGCCAAUGAUCCAGACUCUGGCCUUUGGGGUGAAGUCAAGUACUCCAUCUAUGGAUCCGGAUCUGAUUUGUUUCUCAUCCACCCGUCCUCAGGCAUCAUCUACACCCAGGCCUGGGCCACUCUGGAUGCUGAGGUCAAGUCCAAGUACAACUUCUACGUGAAGGCAGAGGACACAGAGGGCAAGUACAGCCUGGCAGAGGUGUUUGUCACUGUCCUUGACAUGAACGACCACGUUCCAGAGUUUGAUGACAGCUUUGUGGAGAGGACCAUGAUCAUCGGUGCACCUGUUAGGGUAGAGGCCAUAGAUGCCGAUGCAGAGUCGCCCAAUAACGUGAUUGAGUAUUCCAUUAUGCAAGCUGAGCCGGACAACAUCUUCGACAUCAACGCAGAGACUGGAGAAAUCAAGCUGAAGUCGUACAUCAAGUCCAUGGAGAUUGUGCAGAACAUCACCAAGCAGAAGGACUGCAGGUGGUCUCUGGUGGUCCAAGCCCGGGACCGAGGAUCUCCAUCCUUCAGCACUACCGCCGUGGUCAACAUCGACAUCACUGAGGCGACUCAACUCAAGGGGCCUAUGGCAGCCUUUUUAUUGCAAAGUAGGCACAACCCAAUGAAGGCCCUAGGCAUGGUCGCUGGUGUCAUUAGCAUAUUGGUAGGCGUCACUGUCUUGAUCUCCACGGCUAUGUUCUUGCGCAACACAAAGUCCAACAGGAUAAUGCCGGCGCGUCGCAUCAUCAUCAGACGGAGACCGUCAAGAGACCGUAAGCCGUGGACGUUUAACGUACCAUUCCGUGGCGGCGGUGGAAAUGACCCGUUGAACAAGUUUGUUGUAGGCGACCCGGAAGCAGGGAGUGUCAGCAUCAACCCCAACAAAAACAUCAGACCCAGGUGCUCUAGAUCAAAGCCCAAUCCUCUGCCCCCCAGAGCCCCCUGUCUGUCUCCUCCAUCCUGUCCCCCUCUGUCCUCCGACCCCAGGCCCAGUGAGAGGCCCCGGGCUGCAGUGCCGACCGUCUCUGGGGCCCUGGCUUCAAAGGGCUCCAGAAGAUCCAGCCAGAGCAGAGAGAGCAACAUCAGCUCUGAGACUACUAGAAUCCCCGUCAGCUCAGCCCUGGUCUCUGAACUCAAAAGGAGACUGGAGCAGAAAAUCAUUGAGAGCAACUCAAGCUAUUAUUGAACCUGAUAGGUGUGGUGUGCUGGCGUUCUAACCAAUCUGUCAGUAAAUUGUCUGGACUUGCUGAAUGUCCUCAGUGCUAGGAUUGUAAAACUGCAAUUGUAAAAGAAGGUUGAGGACAGUAGGUAAAUUCCCUUCAAAACUGUAUUUGUUUUCAAAGUAAGUCCUCUGUCAAAGCAAUGUUGCAACACUGUCCUAUUAUUGAACCUACUGAAUCUAACGAGCUCUACACAUUUUCUUCAAGAUGUUAACAUAACGUUGGACACUUGGAUCCAUGGGCCCCGGUCCAGAAUAGUGCAGUUUACAGGGAAUUAGGGUGCCAUUUGAGACACGCACUGUCAUCCAGAAAUAACUAGAGAUGUUUCUGUACUGCCAUCUUGAGACGUGUAAUGGUAUCCUUGUUAGAUACAUCUCUGCAUUGCUGCCAUCUUGAGAUGUGUAAUGGGAUCCUUGUUAGAUACAUCUCUGCAUUUCUGCCAUCCUGAGAUGUGUAAUGGGAUCCUUGUUAGAUAAGUUUGCAUAUCUGCCAUCCUGAGAUGUGUAAUGGUAUCCUUUUGUUAGAUAAGUUUGCAUAUCUGCCAUCCUGAGAUGUGUAAUGGUAUCCUUUUGUUAGAUAAGUUUGCAUAUCUGCCAUCCUGAGAUGUGUAAUGGUAUCCUUUUGUUAGAUAAGUUUGCAUUUCUGCCAUCUUGAGAUGUGUAACAGGAUCCUUGUUAGAUACGUCUCUGCAUUUCUGCCAUCUUGAGAUGUGUAAUGGGAUCCUUGUUAGAUACGUCUCUGCAUUGCUGCCAUCCUGAGAUGUGUAACAGGAUCCUUGUUAGAUACGUCUCUGCAUUGCUGCCAUCCUGAGGGAAACAACAUGUUAACAAGAGUGACUAAGGGAGAAAUACUGGACCAUGUCUGAGGAAAAGACUACUGCAUAUUUCUGUGUUAUAUUCCUGAAACGGUUUAGUUUAAUUUGCUUAAGACCCUGCAAUGUUUUCAAGAAUAGUGCUGAAAUAUAUGAUUAGGAUUGAUAUGUAGCCUAUGUUGCCAGAAUGCAAAAUGGAAUUCAAAUUACGGAAUUAAUUUGGCUAAAAGGACGCCUCAAAAUAGCCUCAAUCAGCCUUGCUACUGUAGCUAGCUAGCUAGCUUGUUUACAAUGAUUUGAUGCAGUCCAGACGGGCACUAGCAGAUGGCAUAAUAGAUAACAUAUGGCAGCAAGGAGUUUGUGUAACUAGUGCCACACGCCGGAGCCCCUAUUCCUCUCUCCACUCACCUCUUCCCCACCUUUCUACUGAUACAAACAAGGUGACUUCAGCGAGCAAGUCUCCAUUGAAGUUUUCCGAAACAACUGUUUUCUUUAAAACACGUAGUAUUUCUACUGUCAUGAUUUUGUUGUAACAGUGAAAACAUUUCAAAUGCCCAUCCCUAAAAAUGUACCAACUUUGACUUGUGCGUCAGAUCGAAGCAGCUAUAUGACACAGCUAUAAAAAAAUAAGAGAUCUUUUUUUGACAGGAUGAAUGCCAUUGCUUAAACACGAGUGCUCAUGGACCUGUGUCUGUGACAUUCUAAUGGUGUUUGUCAUAUUUAGAUAAGUAGAUGUUCAAGGAUUAUGAUGUGCCACUGCCUGCUUUCAAGACAACAAAACCUCUUGCUUGUUUGAAAUCAGUAACUUUUUUUCUUUAUUUCUUUAUUUUGUUUUUUUUUGUUUUGCUGAAAUGCUUUUCUAUUUCAAAAAGGGUCUUCUUUUAAUUUGGGGGGAUUGGUGUUGGAUUACUCACUUAAAUGAAGGAAUCACUUUGUUGUUUCAGUAAAUAUCAAACUGUAUGAACGGAGAUGUUGUAAAUUUGGCCAUAAACUAAAGCAUUAAUUUCCACGCUGUGCAAACUACAUGAAAAUGAAUGGGAUACAUAACGAUACAAUAUAUUCUAUAUAUGUGUGUAUGUAUGUAUAUAUUCAAUAAUAAUAAUGUAUGUGGUGUAACACUUGCCUGUUUCUUGAAGUGAAAUCUUUAUUGUCUUUAUUUUUUCGUUUUGAAUAAAUGUAUGAAAAAUAAU